CAUAGCUGCCUUCCAAGCAGUUGACCCGGGUUCGAUUCCCGGCCAACGCAACCUUCCUUUUGCCUUACAUUAUUUUGUUAAAACAAUAUAAUACAUUCUUUUUUUUAUGGAAUCCCUUGCUUCCAUGAAGUAAGUACAUCUUAUUGAAAAGAUUUUCACCACUGUAUUGGGAAGGACACUAAAUUAAACAUUUAAGAUAACUUGUCAUCCUGACGAUAGGUGUCGUUGCAAUAACAGACUUGUCCUUUAGUCAGAAAGACGAAAUAUGUUACUUCAUUUCCGUUUGUGCAUUUUGGAUCGCAAAAGGCUGUAGUAUUUGUUGCUCAUCAAGGAAAAUUAAUACGAUACAAAGUGAUUAACCCGUUUUGGCUCGAGUUCGUCGAGUUGUUCUAUUUUUGGGGAUUGCAUCAGCAGCAGGCGAGUCGUCAUUGCAACUACAGACAAAUCACAAUGGCAUCGGGAGGUGGUUCAACAACAACGCAUGUUGGUGAUGUUGAGGAGGAUGCAUCCCAAUUACUUUUCCCAAAGGAAUUUGAGAACGCAGAGACACUCCUCAACUCGGAGGUGCACAUGCUCUUGGAGCAUCGUAAGCAGCAGAACGAGAGCGCAGAGGACGAACAAGAGCUUUCAGAGGUUUUUAUGAAGACGCUCAACUACACAGCACGUUUUAGCCGAUUUAAAAACAGAGAAACGAUAGCUAGUGUGCGCAGCUUACUUUUACAGAAGAAGCUGCAUAAAUUUGAGCUGGCAAGCUUGGCCAAUCUAUGUCCUGAAGCAGCAGAGGAGGCAAAAGCCCUCAUACCAAGUCUUGAGGGACGUUUUGAAGAUGAGGAGCUGCAGCAGAUUCUGGAUGACAUUCAGACAAAGAGAAGUUUUCAAUACUGAACAGGGAACAUUCAAUGGGCCCAUUGUGUUUCAUUGAGUGAAACAAUGUGAACAUCUUACAAGGACACUGAUCAUUUUACCGUGCUGAUGUUCAUGAUGUGUUCAUUUGAGACUUAGAAUUUAGUGGUGAACAAAAACAAAUACAGCUGAUUGAGAUGAGAGAAACCUCUGAAAUGCCUUUUGAAAAAGUAUUUUUUGUUUUGUUUCAAAUAAUAACAACUUUGUUCUAAUUAACUUUG